AAAUGAAGCAUUUGAUUGAAGAACUGAUAAAUAUUGGAUGUUUGAAAUUUGGCGACUUUACUCUAAAAAGUGGGCAAAAGUCACCCUUGUAUUGUGAUCUGCGAGUACUUAUAAGUUAUCCGCACUUCAUGACUGAGAUCUCGGACUCUCUUUUCGCCAAAUAUGAAAAAAUCUUUGACGGUAAGUAUGGUGAACGGAUCUGUGGAGUUCCCUAUACGGCUUUGCCGAUAGCAACGCAUUAUUCAAUCAAACACUCGAUUCCGAUGGUUUUACGCCGAAAGGAGGCUAAAAACUACGGUACGAAGAAACUUCUUGAAGGCAUUUUUAAACCAGGCGAGGAAUGUCUGAUCGUUGAAGAUGUAGUGACUACAGGGUCAUCUGUAGCUGAAACUGCGGAAGUUUUGAGGUCGGAAGGUUUAGUUGUAAAAGAUGCUAUCGUGUUUAUCGAUAGACAGCAAGGAGCUACGGAAACUUUAGCGAAAACUGGAAUUAGAGUUAUAUCUCUAAUUACCAUGGAAGAUAUAGUCGAUUACGUGAGUUCAAGUUCAACUUUUAAGUUACCAACUGAACAAUUAAAAAUUUUGCAAGAUUUCGUGUCGUUGAAAAAAGUGGUUAGCAUUGAAAAUGAAAAAGUAGCGGAUCUUCUAGCCAAGCGAAUUGAAGGUUUCAAAUGUGAUCAUAACAAAAAGUUAUUGCAGAUUAUAGUUGAGAAGAAAACUAAUCUUUGUUUAUCGGCCGAUUUGACAUCUUGCGAAAAUGUGUUGAGAAUGAUUGAUCAAGUUGGACCUUUUAUUUGUGCAGUUAAGACUCAUGUCGAUAUAUUAGAAGAUAUAUUCACCUUUGGAGCUGAAAAGUUCAUCGCGAAUAUUUUGGAGCUUUCAAAGAAGCACAAUUUUCUGGUUAUGGAAGACAGGAAGUUUUCAGAUAUCGGAAAUACUUUCAAACUGCAAUUGAUGAAUGGGCCAUUUAGUAUUUCAAGAUGGGCUGAUUUUGUAACUGCUCACGCUAUUUCUGGUAGUGGAAUGAUUCAAGCUCUACAUGCUGAAAAAUCAAGUUUAGGAGUAGCAGUUCCCAGUUUGAUUUUUGUAGCGCAAAUGAGCUCAUCCAAUAACUUGAUCACCGAUGAUUACACCAAAAAGACGAUUGAAUUGUCGGCUCAAAUCCCGAAUCUGGUUUCAGGAUUUGUUUUCCGCAAGAAGGAUUUGUUCACGGCAGACACUGAACAGUUUUUGAAGUUCAUGCCUGGAGUUUCACUCGAAGAAUCGACCGAUGGUGGAGAUCAGAAUUACGUAACUGUUGAGCAGGCGAUUACGCAACAGCUAGCUGACGUCAUAAUUGUUGGCAGAGCUAUUGUGAAAAGUGACACUCCGAUAGGAAUAGCUCAGCAGUUCCAGGAGAAGUCAUGGAAGUCUUUCUCCCAAAGAUACGCAGACUUGUGAUUGGUCUGUUCUUGAACGUGCAAUAUGCUAUAAAUAAAUAUAGUGCAGUAAAUAAACGGUUGAUGACAGCGUUUCUGAAACAAUGAGAAUUAUUAAGUGUGUUUGAACGAAAUAAAGGUUAUUUAA